AUGUCUACUGAACUUAGACAGGCAUUCAUUAAUGCCAAAAAAGAAGGACGUGCUGCCCUUGUGACAUUCAUAACUGCUGGUUUCCCCACAGUUGAAGAUACUGUCCCUGUUCUCAAAGGAUUGCAGGAUGGUGGUGUUGACAUCAUUGAAUUAGGUGUUCCAUUUAGUGAUCCAAUUGCCGAUGGUCCUACUAUCCAGGCCGCUAAUGUUGUGGCUCUUGAAAAUGGAAUGAGUGUGCCCAAAACGAUUGAUCUUGUCAGGAAUGCUCGUGCAGCUGGCGUCACUGUUCCUAUUAUUUUGAUGGGUUAUUAUAACCCAAUUUUGAUCUACGGCGAAAAGAAAAUGAUUCACGACACAAAAGAAGCUGGUGCCAAUGGCUUCAUUGUGGUUGAUUUACCACCAGAAGAGGCCGUUAAAUUCCGUAACAGCUGCUCUUUAGAGGGUCUCUCCUACGUUCCUCUCGUUGCUCCAUCUACCACCGACGAACGUUUGGAAUUACUUGGAGAAAUUGCCGAUUCGUUCAUAUAUGUGGUUUCCAGAAUGGGUGUUACCGGUUCCGGUAUUUCCAUUACCAAAGAUGCUGGUUCUCUCUGCGAGCGGGUUCGUAAGUCCACUGGAGGUAGAACUCCUCUUGCUGUUGGUUUUGGUGUCUCUACCAGAGAGCAUUACCUACAAGUGGGUAAGGAUGCUGAUGGUGUGGUAAUCGGUUCAAAAUUAGUCAAUCUCAUUAAAGAUUCUAAGCAAUCCGACAGGGCUGCCGUUGCUGAGAAGUUUGCUCAUUCCAUCCUUAAUGGAAAGGGUAAGAACUGUAUUCCGGAUGAUGUGAUCCCAGAGAAGGCUGUUACCAUUGAGCAUCCAGACUUUGUGGAAAAGCACAAGCACAACCCACGUUUUGGUGCUUAUGGUGGUCAGUACGUUCCAGAAGCAUUGCAUUCCUGUUUGCGUGAACUCGAGGGGGCUUUCGAAGAUGCCAUUGCCGAUCCAAAAUUCUGGGAUGAAUUCCAUGGCUUGUAUGAUUACAUGGGUCGCCCUUCCAGUCUUCAUCGUGCUGAGCGUUUGACUGAAUAUGCUGGUGGUGCCCAGAUUUGGUUGAAGCGUGAAGAUUUGAACCACACGGGUUCUCAUAAGAUCAAUAAUGCUCUUGGUCAGGUUUUGAUUGCCCGCCGUCUUGGUAAGAAGAACGUCAUUGCCGAAACUGGUGCCGGUCAACAUGGUGUGGCUACUGCCACCGCUGCUGCUAAGUUUGGUCUGGGAUGUACAAUUUUCAUGGGUGCCAAAGAUAUUAGACGUCAAGCUUUGAAUGUCUUCCGUAUGCGUAUUCUCGGUGCCAAAGUUGUCUCAGUUACCAAUGGUACUAAGACUUUGAGAGACGCAACUUCUGAAGCUUUCCGUUACUGGGUCUCUCAUGUUGAAGACACACAUUACAUUGUUGGUUCAGCUAUCGGCCCUCACCCCUACCCAACUAUGGUGAGAACUUUCCAGUCGGUUAUUGGUAAGGAGAUCAAGGAACAGUUUGCCAAGCAGAACGACGGAAAACUACCAGAUUUACUUGUUGCCUGUGUUGGUGGUGGAUCCAAUUCCAGUGGUACGUUCUCUCCAUUUGAAAAGGACACUUCUGUUAAAUUACUAGGCAUUGAAGCUGGUGGUGAUGGUAUCGAAACCGGUCGCCAUUCUGCCACAUUGACUGCAGGUCAGCCUGGUGUUUUCCAUGGUGUUAAAACUUAUGUGUUGGAAAACGAAGAUGGUCAGAUUCAUGAUACAUACUCUGUUUCUGCCGGUUUGGACUAUCCUGGUGUUGGUCCUGAAUUGGCUGGCUGGAAGGACAGUGGUCGGGUACAAUUCUCUGCUGUUACGGAUGCUCAGGCUUUGGAGGGAUUCCGCUUACUUUCUCAGUAUGAGGGUAUUAUCCCUGCUUUGGAGUCUUCGCAUGCUGUCUAUGGUGCACUUCAGGCCGCUAAAAAAAUGUCAAAGGAUAAGAAUGUAGUGAUCACCGUCUCCGGUAGGGGUGACAAGGACGUUAGGAGUGUUUCUGAGAUUUUGCCAGAAUUGGGUCCGAAGAUUGGCUGGGAUUUACGUUUCGGAUCUUUAGACGAUGCUUCUAAAUGA